AUGCAUCAAGUGCAAGUGUUUUUGCUGACGCUGCUGCUAGCAGUUGAAUCUUUGGAUUUCUGCUUCAACGAUUUCCUGCAAGGUAAAGAUAUGCCUGUUUUAAGGUGAACGCCUUGCACUAGACAUAUACGAGUCUAAACCCGGUCAAAUGAGAAUGAGCAUUGACGAGAGUUGGCAUCAUGAAUUGUCAGGGGGGGGGGGCAUUUCAAGUUCUAGAUUAAUUUAACAAAAUCAAGGUUUGAUGAGUGAUUAUGUUUCAACUUAAAUACAGUCGAAUACAUGAUAGUGUUGGGAAAACAUUAUGUUUCAACUUCAAUACAGUAGAAUACAUGAUAGUGUUGGGAAAACAUUAUGUUUCAACUUCAAUACAGUCGAAUACAUGAUAGUGUUGGGAAAACAUUAUGUUUCAACUUAAAUACAGUAGAAUACAUGAUAGUGUUGGCAAAACAUUAUGUUUCAACUUAAAUACAGUAGAAUACAUGAUAGUGUUGGGAAAACAUUAUGUUUCAACUUCAAUACAGUAGAAUACAUGAUAGUGUUGGGAAAACAUUAUGUUUCAACUUCAAUACAGUAGAAUACAUGAUAGUGUUGGGAAAACAUUAUGUUUCAACUUCAAUACAGUAGAAUACAUGAUAGUGUUGGGAAAACAUUAUGUUUCAACUUCAAUACAGUAGAAUACAUGAUAGUGUUGGCAAAACAUUAUGUUUCAACUUAAAUACAGUCGAAUACAUGAUAGUGUUGGCAAAACAUUAUGUUUCAACUUCAAUACAGUAGAAUACAUGAUAGUGUUGGGAAAACAUUAUGUUUCAACUUAAAUACAGUCGAAUACAUGAUAGUGUUGGGAAAACAUUAUGUUUCAACUUAAAUACAGUAGAAUACAUGAUAGUGUUGGGAAAACAUUAUGUUUCAACUUAAAUACAGUCGAAUACAUGAUAGUGUUGGGAAAACAUUAUGUUUCAACUUCAAUACAGUCGAAUACAUGAUAGUGUUGGGAAAACAUUAUGUUUCAACUUAAAUACAGUCGAAUACAUGAUAGUGUUGGCAAAACAUUAUGUUUCAACUUAAAUACAGUAGAAUACAUGAUAGUGUUGGGAAAACAUUAUGUUUCAACUUCAAUACAGUAGAAUACAUGAUAGUGUUGGGAAAACAUUAUGUUUCAACUUCAAUACAGUAGAAUACAUGAUAGUGUUGGGAAAACAUUAUGUUUCAACUUCAAUACAGUAGAAUACAUGAUAGUGUUGGGAAAACAUUAAGAACAGAUAACCAAGGUGACGUAACUCUCUUUCACGCUCGUCCUCGUUUCAUCCGAGCUUUGCACGGUCGGUGUUGGUAGAGAGAAACAGCUGCAGUAUGAAUGAUGUGCAACUACAUGAAAAAUAUAUACAGAACCUCGACGUUUCGAGCGAAGGAAGUUUUGGUUGUUCAUAACAGUCCUAAGCUGCGUGCUUUGUGUCUGACUACUUGAAAAAGACUAAACGCGUCUCGGGCAAAGUUCUUAGCUUCGUCAGCCUGACAUAGACUGACAAUUUUGUGUGUGUGUGUGUGUGUGUGUGUUGUUGUUGUUGUCAAGGUGAAGUCACUAACACUGUGGUUAGAGCAUGCGCUUUUAACUUGUGCGGCAAAGACUGACUUGAAGUAACAGGUUGUCAUCCAUGCAGUAUAAAUAAAGUUCUUUCAUGUAAUGAAAUUUGAGAUAAUUCACUAGUUUAGUUUUAAGUUUAUUUACUUUCUUAUCUAGGUUCCCGACUCAACAGCACAGUUUUAAAAAAGGUGGAUGUUUCUACCAAGAUAGAAUGUGUAGUGUCAUGUGUGCAGGAGCCAUGUUGCAGAUCUAUAAACUACCGGAAAAGAUUACCACAAGGUCUCACCAGUCUCUGUGAGAUGUUGCACGAUGUCGUGUACAGUGGUACUUCACCAGAGUUGAAGAAGAACCGCUUUUACGAUUAUAUUUACUUUAAUGAACCGCGAAAGGUAACUCAAUAAAAUUACUGGAGGAUCACCUGUUUCCUCCUAUAUAAUAAACGUUAAGGAAUUCAUUUAACGCCAAAAAAUAAUUUCGUUUUACGCAGGAUUAUAUUAGCAGUUGCAUUACUGAUAAAGGUAUGUUUAAAAAUGUAUAAAGGUGAUGUUGUGAUUGUUUUCAGAUAUUUAAAGCGAGCAGUGCAAAUUUAGCGAGAUAGAUAUGAGCCUCUUUCUUGUGCUUUUUUACUUCUAUAUCUUUUUACUGGUUAACUUAGUAGAUACGAUGACUCCAGAAUUUGAUCUGACGUUUCCAGCGAAGAACAUUCAGAACUAUAUAUUACUUGACAACUAUGUGCCCGAAAUGUCUACUGUGACUUUGAUGUUCUGGAUAAAUACGUUACAAGCAGGAACAAUGUGCGUGGUAUCCUAUGCUGUGAAGAAACGCGCUGCAGAAUUGAAAGUUUCGGUGGGGAGAAGUAAAUUAAUUCUCAGGAUUCAGUCAUUCAAAUCUUGGUAAGUAAAACAAUACUUUCUUUUAUUGAAAAAUGAGAACUUAUUGCUGAGACUGGAGUUCGAUUCUUGAAUAUAUGCAGUAUGUACGCAGGGGCCGGUUGUUCCAAGCUGAUUUAUCGCUGCUGAAUAACAGAUUAUGUUAUCGAAUACGAAUGAAUAUAACUGGUAGCCUAAAUAGAAAGUCUAUGAAGAUUUCUAGCAGGUCUCUGACCCAAAAUCUUUAAAAUCAUUGUAAUGUAUCAUAAAUAAAUGUAUUGCCAUUGGGAAAAAUAAUUUUAAAAAAUAUCAGCAUGUUUACGGUGACUAUAAAAUAUACUAGUUUCCAAUUUACUUUAUAACCACGGUUUUAUAGCAGUUAACGAGAGAGACAUAUUAGGGCCAUUUAUACGGAACAAAAUAAGACGCGACUUACAUAAGACGCGACUUAAAUAAGACGCGAGUUUGUCGUAUAAAAGGUACAAAAUUCUUAUGUAAGACGCGUCUUGGAUAAAACGCGUCUAACAUGAGGACAGGCCUUUUAGCUGUUCUUAUCUAAGUCGCGUCUUAAAUAAGAAAUUUUGGACAAAAAGUCUAACUACACAUGCCAGAAACUUGCAACAACGUAAAAUUAUUAGCCUUGCAUAUUAAAACAAAAACAAACAAAACAACAUUAUAGCUAUAGCAAAUAAAUAAGACCAAAGCCGUAGAGAACCAUUUAUGCGAUAACUCCGCUUAUUUAAGUCUCGUUUUAUGUAAGUCGCGACUUAUUUUGUCACGUAUAAAUGGCCCUAAUGUGUGUUGCUUCAGCUGAUAAUUUUAUUUCGGUACGUAAAACGUAGUUAUUUGCAAUAUAUAUUUAAUUAAAAAUUUAAUAAUGAUAAUAAUUUUCUGCUACGGCCUUAAUUAAUGUUAGGCUAUAUAGCAAGUAAAAUUUGAGAGGAAUCGGGAAGUGAAUUAGUCUCGGGUGGAAUACCCGCGAACAGGCUGCGAGGGAGACUAGGAGUGAAUGAGUAAAAAGAAGGAAUCAAAAUAAAUCAGGAGAUAAAGAAAAUACUACAUGUUUAUCCUGCAGGAAUACUGUACGUAUACCCACAAGAGGUGGACCUUGUUGGACAUGUAUAGGAAGAACAAUUGAGAACCGAUAGAACUAUUUAUCCUGUUUAAAUUAAAUAAGUUUAUUUUUAGCGACACGCUAACCGCAGCAUUUUUGUUUCAGGAAAUUUCCAGUUCCACCAAUAAAUCCAUGUAUGUCUGUCCAUCCUAGCAGGAGCAUUUCUUAAUUCAAGCUCGGUCUCCAACUUGCUCGUAACCAGUGGUGGACACUAGGGAAGGGGGGGGGGGAGGAAACUGAGGGCAACAAUGUGGGUCCCACACAUUCUAUCGUCUGCUAAUAUUUUAAAUUUUCUAUAGAUACUGAGUAUGAUAUCAUUAUCGCACCAUCAACUAAGGAUUUUAUCUAUAUCGAAGCAUCAGAAAACAUUCCAAGUCUCCAGGCGGUUACUAUCACACUGUGGGUAAAACGUUCAUAUGAGAGAUUUAUGAGAUACGUUUACUAUUACUUGAAACCCAGGGAAACCUUACUGUCAUUUUACAUUGAUGACGAUGUAUUCAAUCUGGGAAUAGCAGGUGCUUCUGUAACGUAAGUUGCUGCCAUGUUGCUAUUUAUGGGCAAUGCUUACCACGUAACGGACUGGACUUGGCUAACUUUAAAUGUAUUUAUACUUGAUAGCUUUACUGCUUCCAGGGCGCUUCUCACUUGUUCUUCCUAGAACUCCGGUAAAUCGUCCAGUGUGACUACAGAAGGAAACCUAGACUCAAUUAACUUUGUACUUGAUAGUAUUAUCAGUUCCAAUUAAUUUAUCUUUGAGCUGCAUUAAGAAUUUCCAUUAUUGGUCCAUAAAAUAUAAAUCAGAAAUGCCACGUACGAGGACAGAGGUCGCACGCUCUUUAUAUUAAGUUGACGUACGUUUAAUCGAUGUUGACGCACGAACUGUACGAUUUUGUAUACUAGUUUUCGCAUCAAAAUUCCCGUAUAGAAAUGCGUUUGAAAUGCUGGAUUUAAACGACGUAACAAAGAUGCGGUCCUGGAUUCGAGCAGUGAACUCGGUGUUUCUGGAUCAAUGUUUCAUGUUUGAUUGUUAUAAAUAUAUGGAUAUUUCAGAAUCAGGGUUAGAGGCGAAUGUUUGUUCAUUGUCUGAAGGAUUUUAAGGCAAACAGAAAGAAGUAACGGUUCAGCUCUGCUGCAGGAAGUGUACGCGAUCGUACUUGUCUGAAAUUCUUGGGAUACGCUAAGCUAAUUUCGGCGUGCAAUCGUACGUCCGUACACCUAUUUUUUAAGCCCUGAGGAGUCCCGAGUGAAACAACUGAGUAUUUGGUAAGGGAACUGAAGGCAACCUGUCACAUGCUAUUGAGGUGAAGUUAUAAUUUAACAACUGUGUAUUGCAAGAAUCAAAGCUUGGUUACAAAAGUGUAAGACAUAUUCACUAACAUAUGUGUAAAGGCUAAUUUCCACUCAGGAAAAUUAUCCGUGGAUUGGAACGGACAAGAAAAUUUUUCUUUGUCUUGUGAGCUCUGGGUUGAAACUAAUGACUUCAACACAAAGAAAAAUUUUCUUGUUCGUUCCAAUCCACGGAUAAUUUUCCUGAGUGGAAAUUAGCCUUUACCUCCAAGAAACAUGCCACUAAGAAGUGUGCUAUCGUCCUAUCCCUUAAAAAAAUAGGAAAGCAAUGGUUCCAACGUACAAGGAUGAAUACUGGCACCAUAUUGCUACCACAUGGUCAAGUGAGACUGGUCACUGGAAAAUUUAUCUGGAUGGUUCAUUGGUCUCUAUCGUGCAUGGUGUGGCUUCUGGGAUCACAAUUCCUGCAGGAGGACAAUUAUUAUUGGGUGAGAGUAAUUUUUAACAUUUUACAUUCAUUUUAUAACUAUUCAUGGGAAUAAUACAUUUCUCUAGGUCCAGUUAUAUUUUGGCCACAUGAUAGCAGUCUGAGCAGACUCAACAUAUGGAACUAUGAAGUUGAUGGACAUGCUUUAUCAUUAAUGGCAAACAAAGGACCAACGUUUGAAAAUGGCAAUGUAUUUGCUUGGUACGGAGUAAAGUCAAAGAGUAUGGGAGACAUGACAACUUUUCAAGAGGCACCGAGUGAUCUACGGAAUAGUCGUAAGUAAAACCAUGGAAGAAAGGGUUGCAGGGCCGUCGGAAGCGGGGGGAGGGGGGCUAUUGCAGUGGCCAGCACUUCGCGAUUGGGGUAGCCUGCGAACAGGCGUUUAUUCAGGUGGGCGUAAACGCCUGUUCGCAGGCCACAAUUGGGGGAAUUUAUUUGUAUAACUAUUUUUGCCCUAAAUUUCUUGCAACAAACAUGAAUUACACACUUAUUCAACUAUUAUUCAAAGGCUUCUAAAAAAUUAUUGGGUGAGGGAUUGUCCCCUGCCUCCCCCCUUCUAGUGUCCGCCACUGUUAAGUUGUGUUGAAUUGAGUUGUGUUGUGUUGCAUUGUGUUGUGUUGAGUCGUGUUGCAUUGUGUUGUGUUGUGUUGUGUUGUUGUUGUGUAGUGUCAUGUUUUGUUUUAUAUCCUAUUCUUAUAUAUUUUUCAAUUUUAACCUUUUAUCAACACAUAUAUAUCUCACAUAUCGUUGUACUAGGAUCACAUUCAGUUCAUCAGAUGAAUUUUCGAGAGGCUUCGCCCACAAACUACGCCAAGGUGGAAAAUGUCUUUCCCAGCCUCACAAUAACAGUACUUACCGCUUGUUUCUGGGCGAAAAUUUUGAAGACGGAUUGUGGCAUAUUUACCUACUCGACAUCGGCUAACAACGACGAGAUGGCAGCUUAUUUUUAUCUCAAUCGCACGUUGGACCUUAUUAUCAAGAGCGAAAGGAGAGAUCCAGGGUUCGUUUAAAUUAUUGAUCGAUUAGCGAAGUAUUUAUAGUUUUAAAACUUCCUUAGCCAGAAUUUUUGUAAGCGCCGUUUAGAAUUGAUAGAAGAAGCCAGUAUUUGUAAAACUUGCUUGAUGAUUUCUCCACUGUGCCUGGAAUUUCGGCAAUGACGUGAAAAGUUGCCAUAGAGCGCAGCAGCUCUCUGUGCUUCCGUAAUGAAAUUGGACCAGUGCACCACCUUCUGUAGUAGCACACCUAAGCAAUAACAGACGAUCCUCACUGAACGGUUUAGAACUGUUAGAACUAUCCACUUGAAAUUCGUAGAUGUGUUUGAUAUGCAUUGUAAAUGCUCGUUUACACUUGUAAUUUUUGCUGCGUGUUUCUAUUUCGCAUUUCUACAGCGCAAAUUUACACGUGGAUAUGAUUAAAUGUGCUGUAUUUAACUAAUUACGUACCUAGCCUAUAGAAUAUUUUAUCUUUACAACAAUUGUGAUAUUACUUUCUUAACUGUGUUUAUCCCAACCCACUCUGUCAACUUUCCCUGUGGGAGGAAACCGGAGCACCCGGAGAAAACUCACGACUUUCAGCAGAGCGUUGACUCACUCUUUUCGAACCCACGAACUCAGAGGUGAAAGCGCUUGCUGUGACUGGCCCACCAAAGCCCCAGAUGCUGACUCGUCCCCAGUCGUCUCUGUGAGCACGUGCGAAUUGGAAAGCGCGCGCAGGGGUGGAAGGGAAGGGAGAACGUGCCCGUUUCGCGCGUCCUCACAGAGACGACUGGGGACGAGUCAGCCCCAGAUGGGGUAACACAUCAUCAGAACAUUCAUAACUCAUCUCAAAUGUCUCACAUAUUUAAUAUACAUUUUAGACCGUUGAUCUCAGCGCCUGAAUCAUGGCAUUUAUACUGUAUGCAGUGGAGAAAUUCAGAUGGUUUAGUCCAGACGUUUCAAGAUGCCAUUAAACUAGAAAUGGGAUACAAAGCGGUGGGGCAUAUUAUACCCUCCAACGGUAUUAUGGUGCUUGGCCAGCAACGGGCAUUUAAAGGAAGUCUGGCGGGAUUAAAUUUCUGGACAUAUUUCUUGACUAUUAAUACAAUCCAAGGAAUGGCGGCAGGAAUUAUUAAUGUGAAUGGAAAUUUACUACAAUGGAGAGAUUUCAGGACUGAACAUGUAUUUGGUGACGUGUCUAUAGUGGAAAGGUCUGAAGCAGAGAUACCAG